AUGCACCAUCUUCUCUUAACUUUGGCGCUCAGCGCUGCUGCUGAGGGGUAUAUUUCUGGAAGUGCUGGCUGGGAUGCAGCCUACGCCAGGGCCCAAGUCGCUCUCCAAAAGCUAAAUCAAACAGAGAAAGUUGGUCUUGUUACUGGUGUGACAUGGGAAGGAGGACCUUGUGUGGGUAACACCUAUGCGCCCGAAUCCAUCGACUAUCCGUCCUUGUGCCUUCAAGACGGACCUUUGGGCAUCCGCUUUGCCAACCCCGUCACGGCAUUCCCCGCAGGCAUCAAUGCCGGCGCAACCUGGGACCGCGAUCUACUUUAUGCGCGUGGAGCUGCUAUGGGGGAAGAGUCUAAGGGCCUGGGUAUCCACGUGCAACUAGGUCCUGCCGCCGGUCCAUUGGGAAAGAAUCCAGAUGGAGGUCGAAACUGGGAAGGGUUCUCUGUUGAUCCUUACCUGGGCGGAGUUGGCAUGGAAGAGACAAUUCAGGGCAUGCAAGAUUCCGGCGUGCAAGCCUGCGCUAAGCACUGGCUUGGCAAUGAGCAGGAACAUAAUCGAGAAACCAUGAGCUCUAAUAUUGGAGACCGAGCGACUCAUGAGCUUUACCUGUGGCCUUUUAUGAAUGCCGUCAAAGCAAAUGUUGCAUCGGUCAUGUGCUCGUAUAACAAGUUCAACCAGACUUGGGCCUGUGAGAGCGACGCAAUCCUCAACAAGCUACUGAAAGACGAACUUGGGUUCAAAGGUUAUGUCAUGAGUGAUUGGAACGCUCAACACACUGGUGUCAACAGUGCUUUGGCUGGACUCGAUAUGACAAUGCCAGGAAGUGACUUCAGCACUCCCCGUGGCAACAUUUUCUGGGGACAGAAUCUUGUUCAAGCCGUCAGCAAUGGAUCAGUACCACAGUCCCGGCUGGAUGAUAUGGUCACCCGGAUUCUAGCAGCAUGGUACCUACUGGAUCAAGAUCAGGGCUAUCCAGAUGUGACUUUCAGCUCAUGGGAUGGAGGGAAGGCUACCGUCGACGUGACAGCCGAUCAUGGUGCUCUUGUUCGCACAGUCGCUCGCGAAUCCAUUGUUUUGCUGAAGAAUGAAGAUGAGAUCUUGCCUCUGCAAGCGCCUCAGACUCUUGCAAUCAUUGGCUCGGAUGCUGCGGUCAAUCCAGAUGGUCCCAAUGCAUGCACCGACCGUGGAUGUAACAAUGGCACAUUGGCUAUGGGAUGGGGCAGUGGGACGGCCCAGUUCCCGUAUCUCGUCGAUCCACUAAGUGCCAUUCAAGGCCAAGCCGAAAAAGACGGCACUCAGAUCGUUCAGAGCAUCACUGAUAGCACCACUGCCGGUGCCUCGGCAGCCGCGGCCGCAGAUACAGCUGUGGUAUUUAUCAGCUCUGACGCAGGUGAAGGUUACAUAACGGUAGAGGGCCAUGCUGGAGACAGAAACAAUCUUGAUCCGUGGCAUAAUGGAAACGAGCUCGUCAAAGCCGUUGCAGCUAACAGCGAGAAUGUCAUUGUCGUUGUGCACAGCGUGGGCCCCAUCAUCCUCGAGACUAUCCUCGCUCAGCCAUCAGUAAAAGCGAUCGUUUGGGCCGGACUACCAGGCCAAGAAAGUGGAAACGCUCUCGUUGAUGUGCUAUACGGUAGCACUUCCCCAAGCGGCAAGCUUCCCUACACCAUCGCAAAACAGUUUGCAGAUUACGGGGCUGGCUGGAACCCAGGGCUAGACGACAACUUCGCCGAAGACAUCUUCAUUGACUACCGGCACUUCGACGAUAACGACAUCGACCCUCGAUAUGAAUUCGGAUUCGGCCUUUCCUACACUUCCUUCGAAUACAGCAGACUUUCAAUCAAUAUCGCGGCAACAGCUGGACCGUCAAACGGUCCCAUCGUUCCUGGUGGAGCAGAAGAACUCUUCGAAACAGUCGGAACCAUCUCCGCUAUUGUCCAAAACACUGGAAAAGUUCCCGGUGCCGAGGUAGCUCAGCUUUACAUUGGUCUCCCUGAUUCUGCGCCCGAUACACCCCCGAAGCAACUCCGAGGAUUCGAAAAGCUACUUCUUCAGCCGGAGCAAUCUGGCAUGGCUACUUUUGAGUUGACUCGUCGCGAUCUCAGUUACUGGGAUGUCCAGGAACAGAAGUGGAUUAUUCCUAGUGGUACAUUCACAGUCUAUGUGGGAAGCUCUAGUCGGGAUAUUCGUCAGAAUGGCGAGUUCUCUGUUUGA